GACGCAUGCGCAUACCGGAUUUACGUGGCAUCCAACUUGACGAUUGAACAAGACUAUUAAAAUUUUGGAUUUAGAUCGUGUUGAUUCAAAAAGUAAAUUCUGAAAAUGAAUCAGCCUUUCACUCAUGGUUCAAAUUAUCCCCCUCCUCUUUCAACAAAUGGAGUAGGACAAACAAACUUCGGGGCACCUCGGCCUGCAGAUGUUAAUGGUGUACAUAACGGAAUGCAGAAUAUGAAUUUCCCGCCGCCGAUGAACAUGAAUAGAAUGCCUUUUUCUCAAGCUACACCACUUUCUCAAUCCCAAGGUUUUCCUAAUCCAAAUCCAAAUACAAGUCAAGCAGGCCAGCCAAAUAACCCAAAUUCACAAGGAUAUCCUCCCCGAUUGUCAAGACCUGCCGAUAUUUCUCAAUCUAUGGGAAAUAUGCACGUCUACGAUUCAGCUCCAAGACCGUCAAUUCCUCCAUCAGGAGUAAAUUCCCAAAAUGCGCCACCACAUAUGGGAGGAAAUAUACCACAGAAUCUACCACCUCCAGUAGGAGGAAAUGUACAACAGAAUUUACCCCAUUCAGUUGGAGGAAAUGCACAACAUAAUCUACCACCUCCUUCCGGGGGUAAUUUCCCGCAGAAUAUGCCACCAAAUCUAGGAGGUAAUGCACCACCAAAUAUGCCUCCCCAUGUUGGGGGAGGUAUUCAGCAUAAUAUGCAACCUCCGGUAGGAAGUAACUUUCAGAAUUUACCAUCUCAUCCAAGUAGUGGAGUUCCCAGUGCAUUUUCAGCACCACCUUCAUCGAAUUAUAAUCCGAAUUUACAGACUUUACACAUGCCUCCUAAAUCUGCUUCUCCAGCGUCCGCUAUUAACGGACCGCCAAUUCCCCCCAAGGAUAUACAUCCUCCAAUAGCUUCGACUUCUGGCCUUCCUGGUCAAUAUCUUCCACCAACCUCUAGUCAAGCUCCCCCCCAUUUCAAUAGUCAAAUGCAACCCCCAACUCCCGGAUCGCUUGGUGGCCCACAUGGUCUACAACAGAGUUCUCAAAUGAUGGCUGGCGCUUCUGUAGCUCCUCCUCCUCCUCCUCCUGGCCAGCAAAUGCUCGGAAAUAUGCCACCCCCUCCCCAAAUCGGACAACAUUAUGUUCCACCAGGGCAACCAGGACAAUUUGUGCAACAACCUGGACUAGCUUCUCAACCUCAACCAGGUUAUGGAGCUAAAAAAUUAGAUCCUAAUCAAAUGCCCAGCCCUAUUCAAGUUAUCGAAGAUGAUAGAGUUAACAGAGGAGGAAUUUUUACAACGGAAGGACGCGGAAAGGUACCUCCGUUAGUAACAACUCCUUUCAUUUGCGAAGAUAGUGGAAAUGCAAACCCUCGUUUAUUGAGGUCAAGCAUGUAUAACGUUCCAAUCAGCAAGGAUAUGCUUAAACAAAGUGAAGUUCCCUUUGCUAUCGCAGUACAACCUUUAGCUGUAUUGGCACAUAAUGAACGUCCCCUACCUAUUGUUGAUAUGGGUGAACAGGGACCUAUUCGUUGUAAUCGAUGUAAGGCUUAUAUGUGUAACAAUAUGCAGUUUAUCGAUGGCGGAAGAAGAUUUCAAUGCUGCUUUUGCUCCUGUAUAACUGACGUUCGUCAAGAUUAUUUUGCUCAUUUGGGAGCUGAUGGACGAAGGGUAGAUGCAAGCUAUAGACCAGAAUUAUCUUUAGGAGCAUUCGAAUUUCUUGCUACAAAAUCAUACUGUAAAAACGAUAAACUGCCAAAAGAGCCAGCUUUUAUCUUUAUGAUAGAUGUUAGCUACAAUGCUGUUCGAAGUGGCUUAGUCCAUUUAUUAUGCUCUAGAUUAAGGGAGGACAUCCUACAAUAUCUACCCGUAGAUACUUCCAGACAAGGCUUCGAGAAGCGCUCGGAAAUAAGAGUUGGAUUUGUUACAUUUCAUAGACAAGUUCACUUUUAUAACCUUCAUCCAUCUCUCACCCAACCUCAAAUGUUGGUCGUAUCAGAUAUUAAUGAUAUGUUUGUCCCUCUUGUUGACGGAUUUCUUGUGAAAGUGCAAGAAUCCUACGAAUUGAUUGACACUUUAUUGGAUCAAAUUCCAAGAAUGUUUGCUGAUAGUCGGGAAACGGAAACAUUGCUUGGCCCUGUUAUCGAAGCUGGUUUAGACGCAUUACAAUCUGCUGAAAGAACUGGGAAGUUAUUUAUCUUUCAAUCCAGUUUACCGAUAUUGAAAGCACCUGGUUCACUAUCGAAUAGGGACGAAAGAAACGCAUUAGGGACUGAAAAGGAAAAAACUCUCUUAUCUCCUAACGGUAAUUAUUAUACCAAGUUGUCAGAAAAGUGUGUCGCAGCCGGUUGCGGUGUUGAUUUAUAUCUAACUCCUAAUUCUUUCAUUGACGUUGCUACGAUUGGUGAAAUAACUAAAUUAACUGGAGGAUCCAUUCAUAAGUAUCAGUAUUUCCAAGCUGAUUUGGAUGGCGAGAGAUUAAUAAAUGAUCUUCUUCAAAACGUCUCUAGACCGAUUGGUUUUGACGCAAUCAUGCGUGUUAGAACUAGCACAGGAAUUAGGCCUACAGAUUUCUUAGGCGCUGUUCACAUGUCAAACACUACUGACAUCGAAAUGGCUACAAUUGAUAGCGAUAAGAGUAUUGCUGUCGAAAUUUUGCACGACGACAAGUUAAAACCAGAGGAGGGAGCUUUCGUUCAAGUGGCUUUAUUAUAUACUUCGUGUUCCGGGCAAAGACGGUUAAGAAUCCUAAAUAUGGCUUUGAAUUGCGCCGAAGAAAUGACAGAGGUCUUUAAAGCUUGUGAAUUGGACACAGUAGUUAAUUUCUUAUCUAAAUAUUACGCAAGAGAAACUCUGCGCUCAAAUCCCAAGGCAGUUAGGGAAAAAUUUACAGGUCAAGUUGCUCGAAUUCUAGCAUGCUACAGAAAGAAAUGUUCAACUUCAACGGCCAGUGGUCAAUUAAUCUUACCAGAAUGUAUGAAAUUAUUACCAUUAUAUGCUAAUUGCAUAUUGAAAUCCCCGGCUUUCCAAGGAUCAUCCGAAAUCUCGCUUGACGAUAGAGCGUUUAUGAUGUGCGCUCUAUCUUCAAUGUCGGUUAGAGAAACAGCUGGAUUCUUUUAUCCGAGAUUGAUACCAUUGACUGCAAUAGAUCCGAAUGCUACAGCUAUACCAACUGCCAUAAGAUGCUCUCAAGAAAGGCUACAGAGCGAUGGAGCUUAUUUAUUGGAGAACGGUAUGCAAAUGUUUAUAUGGGUUGGUAAAGAUAUUGAUCCAGAAUGGGUACAAGCCGUUUUCGGAGUUGAUAAUCCCAUCCAUAUCGAUGUUGAUUCCACCCGUUUGAAAGACCUGGAUAAUCCAUACUCCAAACGUGUUAGGGAUAUUGUAAAAAGAGUUCAAGCUGAACAUAAUAGGCAAAUGAAGUUGGUCAUUGUGAAAGAAAAGGAUAAAUUAGAACCAAUUUUCGCCCAAUUCCUCGUUGAAGACAGAAGCGGAUUGAGUGGUUCAGUAUCUUACGUAGACUUUUUAUGUCACAUUCAUAAAGAAAUUCGAGCAUUGUUAAGUUGAAUUAUAUGAUUGAUUAUUCUUUAUUGUUUUCCUAAAUUAUUUAUAAAUUGGAAAAAGUUAUAUGUGUUUAAAAAGAAGAAAAAUUGUACAAAAAUAUUAUAUUAUAUUGGUUUUAAAAAUUAUUUCUUUGAAGAAAAAAA